AUGGAGUGGGAGCUCGUGUCGGAGGUGAAGGACCUCGCUGCACCGGCAGACGCGAUCUUCCAGGGAGACGACAUUGUCACCGUGACCGGAGGCAACACCGCGUCGCGAAUUAGUCAAGAUGGCGAAGUGGUGUGGCGAGCUAUUUCGAAAAGUGGAGCAACAUAUACGAAGGCACUCGAUCAAAAAAACGCCUUGUACAUUGUCGGUGGAAAGGCAAAUGCAGGAGGGUUCGUAGUUUCCGUCCUGAAGGUGGAUAAGAACAGCGGUCAGAUUGAGGAUGAAUACCAGCCACCCCACGGGCUCAUUAGCCGCCUUGAGGACAUCCACCUUGUUGGCGAUGGGGAGCUGGCCUACUUGCUUUGGAAUAGCGCGGAGACGGCUUACAGACACCUACUGGGCCAGCCUGCUGAGGUUGAGGAUCUCGGAAAGGUCUUCCAGCUGCCAACUUCGAAAGUCACAGCCGUCCUGCACUCUGAUAUCACUCACCCAGAGAUUGCACUUACGAAUGAUGAGGGAUUGCACAUCGUUCGCAAUCCGAAAACACGCCUUCACAGCUUCCAGACUCAGAAGGGGCAAAAGACUCUCGUCGCGAGUUCCCAAGCGGUUGGCGUAAGCUACAUCGCUUCUGUAGCGGAGACGGGUCAACAGGUCAACGUCGAUCUCGUGGAUGUUUCGGCCCUCAAGCCCAUCGGCACAUUCCAGAUUCCAUUCGACGCCAAGGCUCAUGGACACAUCAAGAAGGCUUUCCUGGAUGUAUUCGUGAAGAAGGAUGGAACGCCUGCCUUUUCCAUCUUUGCCGUUUCCGAAGAUGGGUCCACUCAUGUUCUGAAGGAUGGACGAGUAGUAUGGUCCAAAGAUGAAUCGUUGACCGCCAGCGCCGUGGCUGAAUAUGUCGAUUUGCCCGAGAAGAGCCUGCUUUCGCAAGAACAUGAUGAGCUUGAUGAACAGCCGGAAGAGACAGCGAGCAUAUCGCCAGUACAGCGGUACUUCCGUCGUUUACGCACCCAUCUCGUCAAACUGCAGGACUAUCCCGCGCAGCUGGCUGAGGGCCUCAAGGGUCUCGAUGAGAAAAUCUGGAAUCUGACAAAUCGUACAGCGGGCAAAUCGGACGAGCUGUUUGCGGACAUGUUGGGAGUUCGCAAACUGGUCAUCUUUGCCACGGAGAAGGGCAAGCUUCUCGCAGUGAACACUGAGAGCGGAAAUACUGUGUGGCAGAAGUUUUUGCCUGAGUUGAAGUUCCGCCAACUGGAGACAGUACGGGGUGCUGUUGUGAAGUACCCGCCGGUUUUGGCGGCCAUCGCCGAGUCUGGAAAGGGUGACACCGUCAUCUACCGUUUCAACGCGUUGACUGGCGAAGCGGUAGAUCCGGCAUCCGCAUUGGAACGCUUCCCGGUCUCGCAAAAAGUCAUCAAACUCCCCGCGGAAGAAGCUGAGGAGCGAACGCACAUCAUUGCUCUCAUCGGAGCGGACAAGAAGAUCCGCGUCUCACCUUCAACAAAGCCUGCACAAGAGGCUUUUGAGCGUUUCUUGCCUGAGUUCCGUGUAUACCUCACUGACGGUGUUGGUGCGGCAACCAUUGACGGCUAUGUUGCAGAAAUCUCCAAAUCUGGGGAAUACUCCCUGGCCCCAGCGUGGAAGAUUCAGUUUCCCCCCGGCGAGAAGAUUGCGGCAAUCGGCAAUCCGCCAAAAGUGGAAAACAUUGCCUCGGUUGGACGAGUUCUGGGCGACCGAUCCGUGCUGUACAAGUACCUCAACCCGAACUUGCUCGCUCUGGCCACUCUCAAGCAAACAGGAACGAAUGCUUCAGACCCAUCAUUCUCGUCCGCCACGUAUUUCUACCUUUUGGACGUUGUAACUGGCACCACGCACUAUCGGUCGGAACACGAUGGCGCGGGUCAUGUCUCAACCGAUGUGCCUUCGAUUCACGUUGCGCAGGUUGACAACUGGGCGGUUCUUACAUACUGGAAUCACGGGCCGGAGGCUGCUACAAGGGAAGCUCCUUCCGAGGCGGAGGCUAUGGAUGAGCAAGCGCAGGAGACCAAGCCUAAGAUUCGCAGACGAAAGAAGAAGGCCGGAACGCAGCAGAAGCAGGAGGACAUUGGGGUACCGAAUGUCAAGACGUACGAGAUUGUCGUAUUCGAACUCUUUGAAAGCGCUAAACCGGAUCAGAGGAUCGAGAGCGAUGUCUUCUCGUCAUUCCAGGCAAAGCGGCCGCAUGUCAUCUCUCAAUCCUAUGCCUUCGCGAGGAGGAUCAACGCCAUUGGAUCGACGAUCACCAAAGCCGGGAUUACCACGAAGGAACUACUCUUUGGACUAGAUGAAGGUCAUCUCUACGGCGUCAAUAAACGAUGGUUGGAUCCUCGCCGGCCCGUGGGUGCGCCCACCGCCGACGAAAAGGAAGAGAUGCUAUACCCCUACCGCCCCGUCCUCGACUUCUUCUCCCGCGACGUUGCCAACUACGAUCUCCAUGUCCCUGGAAUCAGCAACGUGCUGGCGGCAGCAACAAAGAUGGAAUCCACGUCACUGGCGAUCGCAUGGGGACUGGAUAUUUUCUGUGUGCGGAGGAAUCCGAGCAAAACAUUCGACGUCAUUAGUGAGGAUUUCAACUACUCGGCCUUGUUAAUGACCAUUACGGCGUGUUUGGCGGGGAUUAGCGUUGUCAAGAGGAUGGCACAGGGGAAGAAGAUCACAGCCUUGUGGCGAUGA